AAUCCAGCUGAAAAACGGGUUCCAAAUUUUGUCAAUUGUGGGUUUUGGAGAAACAAAGAAAAAGAGACAUCAGAGAGGAACCCAGAAGAAAAAAAGGUCAGAAAUUUUACAAGGUAUGUUGUCUGCAUGUCCGUUCUCGUCACCGGCACAGUCGGUUUCGUCGGAACCCACGUCUCCGUGGCCCUAAAAAAGCGUGGAGAUGUCGUCCUGACGUCAGCCCAUGUCAGACUGCCUUCGGGCGCUCGGGCCGGCACGAAUUGACGAGCCUGGCGCUCGAGCCUGCUCGAGCUCCCUCGCCAGCCAAUGUUGGGUUUCCUCCCUCGGGCAAUCCAGCCCUGUUCCGGAGCCCGUCCCUCGAGCAGGAGCUCCCGCUGGAGCUGCUCUAAGAACGAAUUGAAGGAAGACGAUGCGGACGAGGCCCCGGAAGCCAGGCUGGUCAAUCGUGGACGUCGGUUCCUGGUUGAGGACGAGGAUAGUGAUGGGGAUUGGGCUAAUAUUGAGUCAACGAGUGAGGAAGAGGAGGAUGAGGUAAAGGAGUUGGAGGACGACGACGUGGUUGGGAAGGCUUUGCAAAAGUGUGCCAAAAUAUCGACGGAUUUGAGAAAGGAGCUCCACGGGAGUUCGGCUCCGGCGGUUUCUGAUCGGUACGCCGAAGUGGAAGCUGCCCCUGUGAGGAUUGUCAAUCAGGAUGACAUUAUUGAGGCUUGUAGGUCUAAAGAUUCCGAUUUUCAACCUAUUCUCAAGCCAUAUCAGUUGGUUGGUGUUAACUUUCUUCUUCUGCUGUAUCAGAAGGGUAUUGGUGGAGUUUAAUAUCCUUUACAUUUUGUGCAACCAUUUUGGCCGACGAGAUGGGUCUCGGGAAGACCAUUCAAGUACCUGCAUGUCCUUUCUCGCAUAUGCCAAUAAUAUUUUCAGCUUUGGUUUGUAAUAUUUGUCCUUGCUGAACAAUCUAUAACAUACUUGAUGCUAUUGAAACAUUUAAAUGAUGACCCGAGUCCACAUUUGAUUGUAUGCCCUGCUUCUGUUUUGGAAAUUUAAAGAGAACUUAAAAAGUGGUGCCCAUCAUGUAAGAAACCUAAUUGGACUAAACUAAAUUGUAUAAGGAAGAAAUGCAGUUGCCAAUUGUUCAAACUGGUGGGAGUUGUAAACAUGUAAAACUGCUUCCUAUGAUCAAGGAAUAUGUGGUGAUUGUGAUCAGGAAACAACUUGCAACCAAUAUGCAUGUUCAAACUGGACGCAUUGCUCUUUUGUCAUUCUAGAAUUGGUAGUCAUGGUUGCUUCAGUUUCACAAACGAUGAUCGAUAUCUGGUUGAAAUUCGGUAUCUUAUUGAAAUUAGCUUUUUGAUAUCUAUUUGAUAUUCAUGUUGCAACCAAUAUGCAUAGACUUGUAACAGGACCUCAAUUUUUCUCCGAAAAGAACUUUUCUUCGAAUA